UCUGUCUUCUAUUAAUACUGCAUAUUGUUGUGGUUUUGAUCACUGAAAUGGCUGUGACUUUUGGACUCUCUUUGAGUGUUUCUUGGAUUUGUUGCCUGCUAAUUGGAGGGAUAAUGUGUUUUACCCUUCAAGAUAAUGCUUAUGGGCAUCCUGCCUACACUGAACCAGAAUCAACUGGAUCCCAAGCAAGUGUGGUGUCUGGUCCAAAUGCUAAAGCUAAUGGCCGCAAUACCCCAGCUAGUGUGACGUUGUGUCGCAAUGCCUCAGCAGAAGCGACCGGCCCCCGCGCCUCAGCAGAAGCGACCGGCCCCCGCGCCUCAGCAGAAGCGACCGGCCCCCGCGCCUCAGCAAAAGCGACCGGCCCCCGCGCCUCAGCAAAAGCUACUGGUAAAAAUACCCCAGCAAGUGUGACGUUGUGUCGCAAUGCCUCAGCAGAAGCGACCGGCCCCCGCGCCUCAGCAGAAGCGACCGGCCCCCGCGCCUCAGCAGAAGCGACCGGCCCCCGCGCCUCAGCAGAAGCGACCGGCCCCCGCGCCUCAGCAGAAGCGACAAGCCUUGAACAGACGGCCCGACCCCUCAACAAGCUAGAUAGGGAGAUCAUAAUUUGGUUUGCCCAACUCCUUAAUCGUCUUUCCCCUGUUACUGUGCCUCCAUUUGAAGAAAAGGGCAAAGGUAACUGAGGUGAGGAAAUGUGCAACCUAAUGCACUUUGAAAUGAGGAUCUUGCGCAUCAUCAUGCAAAAAUGUUUACAGGGGUGGAUGCUACAUUGGUAUAAGUUUUUAUAACCAUACAACUAAAAUUGACAUCUGAUUUGGUGACAUUGCUGACACUUUGGUUCUACGGUCAUGCUUUUGAUUUGGCCUUGUGUUCCUGCUACUCUUGCAUGGUUUGAUCAAUAAACAAUUUGAUUCUCAAAA